AUGAUGAAUUUAAAGUGUUACUGUAGCCGUUACUGCAGGAAGAAUGCGAAAAGAGGUAACUUCGUCAAGAAGGCGAAGUGGUGGAAAGAAAAAGUUAAUAUUAUCGAAGGCAAACACAUUAAUCCAAGGGGGCAAUUUAUUGAUCGGAAAAAUAUUCUCGACAAAGGUAAGAUGGUUCGAAUUGAUAAAGAGGUUGAAGACAUAAGUAGUUCUCGAAAAGUUACACGCGCAAGCGGAAUAAAGGAAGAGGUUGUACUCUCCCCUGCUCAUGCACUGUCCCUGAUAGCUGCUGGAGAAGAGCACAAACAUGUGGGAUCCACAAACUUCAACCUACUCAGCAGCAGGAGCCAUACAAUAUUUACCCUGGGAAGGAGAGAAGGAUCUUAUAUCAAUAAAAGUCUUCUAACUCUUGGAACUGUCAUUUCAAAAUUAACCGAAGAUAAACCCAGUCACAUACCUUAUAGGGACUCCAAACUGACUAGACUACUUCAGUCUUCACUCAGUGGUCAUCUUAUCUGCACAGUGACUCCUUCCUUAAGUAGUACUGAGGAGACACAUAAUACAUUGAAGUUUGCUCACCGGGCAAAGCAUAUUGAAAUCCAAGCAGCACAAAACAAAUAUUGAGAAGCAGCCCCCACAUCAAAACUCCCACCUAUUCUGCAACAACCAGGACAACCACAGAGUUCUCAAAGGGACGAUGAUUCUGAUGAUCUUGAUGAUUCGGACGAUUAUUUAGAUGAGUAUGAGUAGGGUUAUUUACUUUGCUUUGAAUAUUUUGUAUUAUUUUGUCUAAGUAGACUUAUAUUAGUCUAAGUUUAGUUAUUUAUCUUGUCUAGAGUAUUUAUGUUAGAGGAUUAUUUAUUAUUUUGAUAAGUUUGUAAACUCAUU